CGCCGAUGCUGACGCGCGCGCUCAACGCUGGUGUAGCGAUCGCGCGCUGGCUGGUGAAGCGUACGCGCGCAUGCAAAUGCCAAUGUGAAAUCAGUGAGUGGCAAAAGCUCCAAGCAGCUGGCACGGAGACGUAACGCGCGCGCACAUUUACCCCGUUAUACGAGUAACCGUACUGCUCGCCAAGCAAUUUAAGGCAAUCAAGUAGAAGCUGAGGCUGGAGCUACGGUCUGAGACUGAGUCUGAGCCUGGUGCUGAAGCGUACACUGUGUGUUCGAAGGUAGGCGUGCGGGCGCGCGGUGUGCGGCGCGUGGUCAGCGAUAUCAGUUGAAUGUGUUGUUUGGUGUAGUCUGGUGCGACGUGUCGGUUAAGUGGUUGUAUGUGCUGUAACGCUGUGUACGCGGCGCGCAUUUAACGGACACAAAUUUCACUUAACAAAUUUAUUUUAAUUUUUGUGUUUUUGUUUUUGUGUUUUUUUUAAUGUCGCUUGUUUUCUUGUUAAUAAAUGUCAAAAUUCAAAUAUUCGGCGUUCGAACAGUGUGUCUUCAAUCGCUUGCUUAAUUGCAUAAGCAUUGUGACCCUGAUUUGUGUGUUAGGUGCAUAGUAAUGUUAUGCUAAGAUAGUGGAGAACAAGAAGAAGCAUACUGCCAAACAUACAUAUGUACAUAUAUAUGUAUGUAUAUGUAAGCAUUAAAUACGUAAAUAUGUACAAAAUUUAACCAAAGAAUUGUAGUGAAAAUUAACAAUAAAAACAACAACAAUAAGUGCUAAAACAACAUGAAUGCAACAACACGCCUAAAUUCAGCAAAUAAUUUCGCAAAUUGCAACAACCACAUAGAGCCGAACUUUGGCAGUACAAAAUCCAGCAGCAACAGCAACAACUAUAAACGCAUACCUGCAGUAACAGCAACAACGAAAACAACAACACUAACAUAUUGCAACAACAAUCUACCACUACAACAAACAGCCAGCAACGGAAUAGUCGCAGGCCAACAACAACAACAACAACAGCGUUCACCAGCAUCGACUGAGACGGCGACAAGCCGAGAAUGUUCCAGCGUUGCAUAUAGCACGUUGACAACAAUGCGUUUGGUAGAGGCCAAGGAGUCGUGCGCGACGGUGGCGGGCAAUGGUGAGGAGGCGAGGACUAAAUUGAUGCCAACAACGGCAAUUAAAAUCAUCAGCAUCAAUAAUAGCAAGAGCAACAAUAACAAUACGAAAGCGCAUAAGAACGUAAGCAGCAACAAUAAAAACAGCCACAACUACAACAACAUCGUGGACAACAACAUCAACAAAUCAACAACGAAAUCGACAGGAACAACUGGUGCCAAAUUAGACUCAUCGAUGUUGAUUAAUGCUCGCAAUCAAUUGUCGACAAUAACGACAACAACAACGUCUGAACGCCAACAACAACAACAAGAACAAAUGGAACAACAACAACAAACUGAACACAUGUUGUCCAUAACAAGGGACCUCAAUCAAAUCAAUUUAAAAUCAUCACUUUACGCCGAACAACAAGUACACAAUACCAACAACAAUAACAACAAGCACUAUUGUAGAGACAACAAUCAGCAGGAGCAGCAGCAACAAAACAGCUUGAGUACAAACGUCAGUGGCGACAACAACAAUAGUAAUAGUAAUAAUAAACACAGCAAUGCGGGUAAUAAUAAUAAUAGGCAAAAACAACAACAACAAACCAUAAAUUGCAACAACAACAACAACAGCAAUAAGGACUGUGAUCAAGCAAUUGACAAGAACAAAAACAGCAAAAACACGCACACGCUAGCGCACAACAACAGAAGAAUAAUGAAAAGUUACGACAACAACAACAACAAUAAGCCACAGUCACAACAACAACAACAACAGCAACUGAUAACGCUAACAAUAGCAAAAGCUGUGCAAACGGAAACGAACGCGCUGGUCAGCGAGAAAAUAAGCACAACAACGAAAGUAAACACAACGACAACUACAACAACAACAGCGCCGACACCGACAAUUGAAAGAGCGAAAGCCAAGUCGACAAAGCUUACGCUACGCAAAUCAUUCUCCACACCAGCUUCAUUUAAGAUUGCUGACGUUGCAGCCGCGAUGAGCCAAAGCGGCGGCAACAUGAUGAUUGCCUACAACAAUAACAACAAUAGCAGAGCAAGCGAGAGCUAUAGCAAAAGCGUGAGCAAAACAUUGCCAAAGUCGGAGCUGUUGAGUGGCAAGAAAAGUGAUAGUGAUGGUGGUGGUGGUGAUGUUGUUGGUAGCGGUGGAGGUCAUGUACGCGGCGCUGCCACAUGCAAAAUGCAGCCAGCGACGCAGUCUGUAGUGGCAGCGCCAAAAGUAAACUUUGCACCAUCGCCGGCAAUAAUCACGAAUGCGACACAGCGCGCUAAUGCUUCAAUUGAGGCAAUAACUACAAUAGCAAAAACAACAAUGACAACAAAAACAAGUACAACAACAGCAAUAAGCGCAUCACCGCAACUUGCCACAAUGGAUGUUGUAACGCGUUCGCAGACUGCCGCGCAUGCCUCGCAGCAACAAGACCCACCACAACAGCGACAGCUGCAGCAACAACAACUACAGCAACAACAAUACCAGCAGGCAAGCACGAAAUCAGUAAAAGCGAAAGAUAAUGAUAAUCAAGUCAUUUGCGCCAACAAAAGUAUUUCGGAUGAUGACAAUGUUGUUGUUGUUGCCGGCACGACAACCACCUCGUCGCCGUUGCCGCUGUCCCCCGUCAGUUUCGAUUUGGAUUUGCGCUUCGGUUGUGCGCAUUAUAAGCGCCGCGCCAUGUUUGUGACGCCCUGCUGUAAUAAAUUUUACAAAUGUCGUUUUUGUCAUGAUGAAAAUGAGUCGCAUCAUUUCGAUCGUAAAACAUUAACCGAAUUGAUUUGCUCCGAGUGCAAUACACGACAGAAAGUGCAGGAGCAAUGUGAGGCUUGCGGCACGCGAUUUGGCAAGUACACCUGCCUCAUCUGCAAUCUGUUCGAUGACACCGACAAGAAGCAAUAUCACUGCAACGGUUGCGGCAUUUGUCGCAUUGGCGGCGCUGAGAAUUUCUUUCAUUGCAAAGUGUGCGACAUGUGCCUGCCGAUUCGUUUGAAGAUCGAUGGACAUCGGUGCGUCGAGAAUAUUUCACGUUCGCAUUGUCCCGUUUGCCUGGGCGACAUACACACAUCACGUAUACCAUGUCACAUACCCGAUUGCGGUCAUCUACUACAUAAGACGUGCUUUGAUCAAUUGCUCAACUCGGGACACUAUACAUGCCCCAUUUGUCAGACAUCGUUAAUUGAUAUGACUGCGCUAUGGGAGUACUUGGAUGCGCAAGCGGUGUCGCUGCCGGUACCAAAGAAAUAUGAGAAUCAACGUAUACAUAUUUUCUGCAACGACUGUCAUAAGACCUCUAAGACCAAAUUCAAUUUUAUCGGUUUGAAGUGUAUGCAAUGUGGCGCUUAUAAUACAACACAGGAUGUCAAGCGACGUAUGUCAUUGGUCACAGAUGAACCUUCAUCAGCAUGACGCUGCACCCAUUUUCCUACUAUAACCUCACAUAUUUUUGCAAGCCAAAUUGCAUCCCCUUUUCUUGGAGUCAACAUUAAACACUGGAACUCUUGCCAUUUUGAGAUUGUGCACUGCUAAGUGAGCGCCGCCGCGGCAAAGGAAUGCUGGUAUGCCAUAAACUGGUGUCUCAAAUCUAUUUACGCUCACCAAACACAACAUUCCAUUAUAGUGAAGCGUGAAAUAACUGCAACUGGUGCUACUUUGUAAAGUACAUGUGCACAUACAUGCAUGUUUAUACAUGUUUAUGCAUGUAUGUGUGGGUGUCAGGCGUUGGAUUAACAGUUGCGGCAUUUGCCGAAAUGUAGAUGACUCGCCGGUUAAUUCGAGCUGACGUCGAAUACCUGAAUCGAAUUACAACGCAUAAUUUUUAAAAUUCGCUACUAAAUACAGUAAUAUUGCAUCGCAUCUCACAUUUGAUUUUUUUUAUUUUUCACUUUUUUGUUUUUGUAAGCAUUUUGUAUAGUCAACGAAUUUUAUUUCAUUUUAUUAAAUAAAGUACAUAUUAAAAUAGCUGUUAGUAUUUGAUAAAUAUAUUAAUAUAUACGGAAAUAUACUAUAUAUUUAUAUAUUAUAUACAUACAUACAUACAUGUAUGUAUAUGUUUAUGCAAACAUACAAACAUUAGUUCGUUUAGUCGUUAGUUAAUUUAGUUUAUAUACUCAAGCGAGUUCGCAUAUUAUGUAGGAAAGCUAUUAGAAUCUUAGUCUUUGGUAUGUAUACAAUUUUAAUUUUACAAAAACAACAAGAAAUAAAUAAAAUUCUAUUAUUCCACAAAAGCGUUCAAGUGUUUGAAUUCCUAAUUUUA